UGAUUGGCUGAAGCCGCACAGGCGUUCCAUGCUGAUUCGUCGAAUCUAGAUGCCCGGUGUCCGGGUAAGAUGGCGGCGGAAGAGCAGUGCUCGGCACCACCUCGAUGGCAGUCGAUAUCUUUAACGCACGUAGAGUAUCCAGCUGGUGAUCUGGCAGGGCAGAUCCUGGCGUAUGCCAGUCUGCUGCCGAUGGCGAUCCUGGUUGGAUUUGUCACGCUCAUUGUCUUCAAGAGAGAGCUGCACACGAUCUCGUUUUUCGCCGGUUUGGUGAUGAACGAAGGGCUAAACUGGUUGCUGAAGCACAUCCUACAGGAGCCCCGUCCAUGUGGAGGAGGCCACAGCACAGUAACCACAGAGUAUGGCAUGCCGUCCAGCCACUCACAGUUCAUCUGGUUCUUUGUCGUUUAUUUUUUCCUCUUUCUUUAUUUAAGAAUGCAUCAGACAAACAAUGCCAGAUGUGUGGAAUUGUUAUGGAGACACGUGCUGUCAAUCAUCCUACUGGGCGUGGCUUUGUCUGUGUCAUACAGCAGAGUUUACCUUCUCUACCACACCUGGAGUCAGGUGAUAUAUGGGGGCAUAGCUGGAAUGGUGGUCGGCGUGGUCUGGUUUUUCAUAACACAGGAGGUGCUGACGCCGAUCUUUCCCAAGAUAGCAGCCUGGCCCAUAUCAGAGUUUUUCCUAGUGAGGGAUACAAGUCUCAUUCCCAAUAUUCUGUGGUUUGAGUACACGGUCACCAGAUCAGAAGCCAGAAACAGACAACGAAAGCUGGGAACAAAACUCCAGUGAUCCGCACUCUCCGCUGGUUCAAACUGACAAAAAGGACCACAAACAUAUACACACACACAUGCACACACACUCACUCACACUCUCUCUCUCACUCAUACACACACUCCUACAUUCUAACACACUGGAGAUCGAACGUCUGGACUGUCCGGGUUGAGGCUUUCCGUUUUCAUGCGGACCAAAAAAAACGAGAUUUCGAUCGAGAGGUCAAAGGGGCGGGGCCUGUGUAAGGGGAUCAACCCUCUCCUCUCGUCUUCUCUUUCCGGUGCAUGCUGACCGUGCAAGAGGCAAAGCUAUUUAACAAGAAACGUAAUAUAUAUUUUAACCAUUUAACGCACGAGGGUACCUGGGAGUGAGAGAGAAAGAAAGAGAAGAUUUCUUUAGUGACGUAUAGCUGGUUUUUGUUACAGCAUGACAUUUUUCUUUUUAGAAACCGUGUAAGGGGGAACAUGUGUGGGUGGGGAUUUGUAGCAGAAAAGGAAAGAAAUGAAGGGGGAAAAAGUACUUUUUUUUUCUCCAUCAUUCUUAUAUUUUGGAAACAAGUUUCCAUAUUCUGGUAAUAUGUAAUAUCAAGUUAAAAUAAUUUGCACUUUGUGAAUCAGAAAAAAAAAAAAACCAUUUUAUUAUGCUUAACACUAGUUACAUCUGAGAAAAUGCUUUAAUUUGCUCCCUACUUUGUCUCUUCGUGAACGGGCAACAUUCCAAAUUUUCAUCUUUAUUGACGUUAUGUACUUCCCAUGUAGAUCAAAAUGAUUGGUCCAGUUUCACACUAAGAGCCCUGAUUGGUCAGAAAGCGUGGAUUGCAUUUGCUUUCAGAUGCAUUUCUGUUUUCUCCACAUUAAAUCGUUUGUACUGGAGGUGAUCACGAGCCUAUGAGCUAAAGCAGGUGCGUUCGAGUACAAGGGUCGGGAUCUGCUCCGUCUUUUUAUGCCCCGUAUGUUUAAAAGGUACUUUUAUUGUCGUUGUUGGGAAAUUUUCCCUCCAAGAGUAAUAUUAAUAAAAGUUUACCUGACCAUUUAGCAGCUUUAUUUCACUUCAGGAAAGCUGAACUGCAUAUCUCUACAACUAUAAUCCUCAUACAUGCUGGAGCAGGGACACUGUGAGAGCCUGUCCCGGGACAAAAUUCACUGGUUUACACUGCAAUAUGUUCAGAGCUUUUUUUUUCUUUUUAUUUUAAAAGCAAAUAAUAAGGAAACUCCCCCAACUUAGUGUUUGAAGAACUCUACAAGAGUGUAUCCAUGGGUGUACACAAAUUGGGGGCUUCGGAAGCAUGAGAAAUAAUGUGACUCGAAUCUGAAUUACUUUAAAUAGGCAAAUGAUCCUAUACUUAGUAUAGGAAGUCUGGAUCAAUAUGGAACAAUUUCCUAAAUUUUCUCCACCCAACAGUGUUCAGGAAUGUUGGUUGCUGGGCAGUUACAUAUUCCCUCCAUUUUCCUGGUCUGUUUCAACACUAACCCCACCAACCCUAAAACAUUCCACUUUAUUUGGUAGCAUCAAAGGAAAAUCCCUCAAAACCCAAACCUCAGGUGAACCAUUAGCAUGUGGUGGUGAUGGCGAUGCUGCUCUACAGCUACUAUGCCUAUUAAAAAAAAAAAAUGUACCCAUGUUGGGAUGGCCAUAAAUGGAAGGGUCAUUACAGAAUAGUGCUUUGAUUUUAUUUUUUUUUUAUGUUUUUGUGUAAUUCAAUUCAGGCUGAAUAAAGUCAAUUGGAUAUAGGCGAGUAUGUCUGUUUCACAUCUGUUUGCUAUGGAUCAUGAGCGGGUGAGAUUCAAAACACCAUAUAGAAGGUUAGCGGAAAUCAGUUCAAUGUUAAAACAUCUGAUUAAAUGAACCAAUCCGACGUUUCCAAUUCAAUAUGAUAUAUAAAGCCCAAGAGGACACUGGACUUGCAUACUAUAUUUGUGCUCAUCGAUUCACUAUAAGGGCUGUUGCUUUACUUUUAGCAACUUACAGUUUCUUUGAUGACCAUCAGAUGGAUGAGGGUCAAUCAGUCAACAUCAUAAAUAUCAACUGUUCCUGGAGACCUACACUACCAGUCAAAAGUUUGGACACACCUUCUAAUCCCAUGGU